AAUUAGUUUGAUAGUCAUAAUUCAAUAAUGCUCAUCACUACUGAUACGCUCGUUAACAGUUCGACCUUACGUUUCCUGAGUUUUUCAAGAAUAAUUCAAUUCUAUUAUUUAUAACAUUUUCGUUUUUAAUAGUAUUUUAAUAUUUAAUUAAUGCAAGCAUGAGAGCUUAUCGUAUCAUAAAAAAAUUAUUGCCUUCUAGUGGUGGUGGAGAUGAUUAUGAAAAAGCUAAAAAAUCGAUACGUUUAAUUAGACAUGGAUGUGCUAAUAGACCUUUUUAUCAUAUUAUAGUUGUCCUUCAACGAAGAGAUUGUAAGUCUCAUCCUAUUGAACAACUUGGUACAUUUGAUCCUCUCGAAAAUCAUAAUGGUGAAAAAUUAGUCAGUUUUAAUUUAGAACGGAUAAAAUACUGGAUGGCAAAAAAAGCACGUUUAACUGAUCCAGUUGCACAGUUAUUAGGUUUGGCAGGAUUUCUCCCUAUACAUCCUCGUACAUAUAUGACUGCUUGGAGGAAUAGACAGAAAACCGAAUCUCAAACUGAACUAGCUACUGAAAGUGCUAGAAAUUAAGAAUUUAUCAUCGGUAUUUCUGUUAAAUGAAUUCAUAUAUAAUCUAGAUUAAGAUAUUAUAUAUAGUAAAAUAUAACUUAUGUUACUUUGUUAUUGAUAUUUCAUCAAUUCAUUGAAGUAAAAAAUUGUAUUUUACAAU